AUGAACAGCUGUACAGGUACAGAAUGGGACCAUCUGUGGUAUAUCUGGCUGGUGCUGGUGAUUGGGGGGCUCCUGCUCCUGUGUGGCCUGGUCUCUGUCUGCCUGAGGUGCUGCUUCCAGUGCCAUCAGACAGGGGACGAGGCGGGCCCCCCACCCUACGAGGUCACCGUCAUUGCGUUUGACCACGACAGCACCCUCCAGAGCACCAUCACUUCUCUCCACUCGGUGUUUGGCCCUGCUGCCAGGAGGAUAUUUGCUGUGGCACACUCCCACAAUGCUGCCCAGGGAACACCUCCCCUCUCUGCAUCAGACACCCCUCCAGUGUACGAGGAAGCUCUGCACAUGAGCAGGUUCACCGUGGCCAAGGCAGGGCAGAAGGUGCCCGAGCUGGAUCCAGUGCCGGAGGAAAAGCCACAGGCACCCACCGAGGGCAAAGACACCCAGCCAGCCCUCCCAGGACACUGA